CCAGCCGCCUCCUUUUAGUCCCUCCCCUGACUGACACCUUGCUUUUUAUAGCCCAUAACCAAAGGAAGGGCCAGCUUUUGGGAGCAGUCAUUCUCUAAGCUCUGCCUGUGUCUCUGCCCGACUGACUCUCCUUUUUCUGGAUUGCAAAGACAUCCUCCCCUAAAGAUGAAGGCUUCUUUUGCAGCCCUGAUUGCAGCCUUGCUCUGCGUGGAGAGAGUAUCCGCGCUGAUGUGCUUCACCUGCGACAAUGCAGAAUCCAACUGGGACUGCCUGAGCAUGAAGUCGUGCGCGGACACCGACAAAUACUGCAUGACAAAAUAUUUCAGUGGAGGAGUCGGUAACAGUCACAAGCAGUCCAUCAGCAAGGGCUGCUCGGCCACUUGCCCCCAGGGUGGCAUCGACUUGGGCGUCAUGGCCUUCUCCAUGAAAUGCUGCGAGUCCUCCUUGUGCAACACGAGCGGUGCCAUCAGCGUCAAAAGCAGCACUCUGAUGCUGGCCGUGGGCACCUUGGCCAGUUUAUUCUACAUCUUCGGAGCCAGGCUGUGAGGCGAGAGGCGGGCACUGUUGUUAUCAAGAGCCAUCUCCACACAAAACUCUCCGUUCAGGGCAAUCCUCUGCUUGUUUCCAAGGGCUCUGUGCCACCUUUGCUAGCAACCUUUGGUCACAGUGGUUCCUGUCCUCCUUGGAAACUUGCUCAGGGCCCAGCAUUUUGAGCAGCGCAGUUUGGUGAUGUUCUGAACAAUGCAAAUGGUUACGCUUUUUUCAUGUACUUUGUGUUCCCAAACGUAAUAAAACAAUUCGACCAGUAAA